GGCAUUUAAGCCAGGCGGCCCGGCGGGCUCCGCACCUUUCCCGCCAGUUUGCUUCGAGGGCGCCUUUCGCGGCUCUCCUCUUCCUCCUCCUCCUACUCCACGAGAGCGUCAGGCAUGGCGGGCGGUUCCACGGGGCCUCUGUCGGGCCACGUCUGCGUGGUGACCGGGGCGUCGCGGGGCAUCGGGAAAGGCAUCGCCCUGCAGCUGUCUGAGGCGGGCGCCACCGUCUACAUCACGGGGCGCAACCGGGAGACGCUGGAGCGGGUAGCGGCCGAGGUGCGGGGCCGAGGCGGGAAGUGCGUGCCCGUGGUCUGCGACUCUUCCCGGGAGGAGGAGGUGGCGGCGCUGUUCGAGCGCAUCCGGAAGGACCAGGACGGGCGCCUGGACGUCUUGGUCAACAACGCCUUCUCGGGAGUCACCGCCAUCACUGACCAAGUGGGCUUGCCCUUCUGGGAGACCCCUACCUCUACCUGGGACCAGAUGAACAACACGGGCCUUCGGGGCCACUACCUGUGCGCAGUCUAUGGUGCCCGCCUCAUGGUACCAGCUGGGCGCGGGCUCAUUGUCAUCAUCUCCUCUACUGGUGGGAUGCGCUACCUCUUCAAUGUUCCUUAUGGUGUGGGCAAAGCGGCCUGUGACCGCAUGGCCGCGGACUGUGCUGUGGAGCUGCGCCCCUAUGGAGUGGCCUGCGUGGCCCUGUGGCCUGGCCUGGUCCGCACUGAGCUUAUAAUGGAGCACGCAGAAAAAAAGUCCACGCCACUGUCCCAGGUUCUAAAUGAAAAAGUGGAUAUCAUGGGAGAGAGCCCAGAAGUGAGUGGGAAGUGUGUGGUGGGCCUGGCCACCGACCCUCAUGUCAUGCGCCACUCUGGGAAAGUGCUCCUCAGUCCAGACCUGGCCCGUCUUUAUAAGUUCAAAGACGUGGAUGGGAGAAAAGUCUACAACUACGCUUCACUCUCCAAUAUCCUGAAGGAACUAAUGCCAAAAAUGUCUUUCCUUUUUCGCCUGAUACCUGGAUUUAUCACUAUUCCCAAGUGGGUCCUUGCUCUCUAUAGUAGCAAGUUUACUGUUUACAGAGCCCUUCAGCCUAUUUCCUAUAAAUCAGACAAAAAGACAUGAUAUGUACCACACAGUAUUUUGUACUUCUUUUGAUUGUUCAAUUAGAUUCUGACAUUUUCUUGAGUAAUGAGUUGCUUAAUUUUUUUAAAAAAAUAUUUGCUGUGAGUGUUUCUCAAAUCUGGAAAUCAUUUCAAUGAGGAAAGGAUUAGUUCUUGCCAAUAUAGACUAUUCAUUUCUCUUUUUUUAAUGUGCCUCCUCUCUUCAUAUUUGAACCACAAUGCAUAAUUUCCUCAAAAUUAUGUACUUAACUCCAGAUGAUUUGGGUAUACCUUUAACCAUUCAUGUAUUUCAGCUAUGACAUAACACAUUAUUCUGCUAUUAAA